UAAAGGUGGGGAUGUCACUGUUGGCUUUGAUUCUGGUUCCAGAAUCAGGAUGAACAUCGAGGUGGGGAACGUCUCCUAUACAGGUGCCAUUGUUUCCUGGUCAUCCUCGGAGCCCUGCCUGGAGGACUAUUACCAUAUUAUGUACAGACCCAAUUGGAACAGCAUCUUCUCUGGCUAUCUUCGCUACAGCUUCCACCACGAGGAGAAGGUACCCCGAACCAUCAGCUCCGUGGUGCUGGAACACCUGGCCCCCUCCACCCUCUACUUCCUGUGCAUUAGCUGCAAGAAGGCCGCUUCCCCCUACCGGCACUACUGCACCAUGUUCCACACCCUGGAUAAGAGUCCGCUGGCGGCGGGGAGCUCCCUGGUGGACCCCCAGAUCUCCCUCUGGGUGCUGAUGGCCAUUCUGCUGGCCUGUUUCACUGCAGUCCUGGCCUUCAUCUGCCUCCAGUUCUGGUGUGUGCGCUGCCAUGAGCCCCGCUGGUCCUACCGGGCCGGCCACAUGGAGGAAGCCAAUGGGCUGGUGAGAUGGCCCGAGGAGGCCCCAGGUCUGGGUCAGCGGGAGGAUGACCAGUAUGGCUUUCCCCUGGUAGAACUGCCUCGCAAGUGCUCCGGUGCUGGACGGGACGCGGAUGAGGAUGCGGAAGUUGACCAGGAAGCCAACCAAGAAGCAUUUCCGGUGGGCGCCUCGCAGAGGGAGGCUGGUGACCAGCUAGCUAUACUGCCUCACUUUGGGAAGUGA